CAGACGGAGAGUCAAACACAGAGAGAGUGAGAGAGAGCGAGAGAGAGAGAGAGAGAGAGCGAGCGAGCGAGCUUGAGCUGAAAACUUCCUGAAUGGCUAUUGGAAUAAGAAGAGAAGAAUGAACGUGCCUUCACUAACACCCGGGUGUCUACUUGCGUUUUCUCAAUCCCGUACAUCCAUGAUGGGUAAGGAUGCUAUCAUACCGGACAUGAUACUUCUGCUUCUGAAGACUGAACUAUGAAAGUGACACUGACGAUCUUCAACUGCUGUGUCUCCAUCAGACCUUUCUCCUUGUCCAAUCUGAAGAAAGCAUCUGCCUGAAGGCUCAUAAAAUCAGCAACAUGUGUCAUGUCAUUGUUACAUGUCGUUCUAUGCUCUGGACCUUGAUGAGUAUUGUAGUGGCAUUUGCUGAGCUGGUUGCCUUCAUGAGUGCUGACUGGCUUAUAGGGACCCGCCACCCAUCCGGAUCCAACAUUACAGUAGUUCCGACGCCAGAGCCCUACCGGCCUUCCCUUGGCCUCUACAGCCGCUGCAUCAAGGUGGCCCAACAGAAGAUUGUCCAGUGUGGACCAUACGCUGCAGACUUUACAGAGAUUGCAAGUGGAUUCUGGCAAGCUACAACUAUAUUCCUGGUUGUUGGAAUCUUCCUGUUGUCCAUUGUGGGCUUUCUCUCAGUCUUUAGCCUGUGCUUUCAGAGUAUCUUGGGGAAAAGCAUCUUCAACGUGUGUGGCCUGCUUCAAGGCAUAGCAGGUUUGUUCCUGAUGCUGGGGCUGAUGCUCUACCCAGCAGGCUUUGGCUGUGACAAAGUGGUGAGCUACUGUGGGCCGGAUGCUUCUGCGUAUAAACUGGGUCAGUGUUCUCUGGGCUGGGCCCUGUACACAGCGAUAGGAGGAACAGUGCUCACCUUCAUCUGCGCCGUAUUCUCUGCCCAGGCUGAGAUCGCCACAUCGAAUGACAAGGUGCAGGAUGAGAUAGAUGAGGGCAGGAUGCUCAUCUGUGUGCUCUGAAUGUUUUGCCUAGUUAGUCUCUGUAGGCUGGUUGAUAUGCAGAUGCUGUUACAUGGAAUUUUCAUUUUGGUUUAGUCCAAAUUCUAACUAAGUGGGGUAGUAAUGUGCCAUAGUAAUGUGCUGUUUACCAAAGGUUAGUUAUGCUGUCAUUCAAAAUGUCUAUAUUUCCACAUCACUGUUUUACUAUUUUAGUGAAUGUAGAUUUCAUUUUCAUUUAUUUUUAUUUAACCCAGAUACGCUCUUUUGUGAUGUCACAAAAACAAUACAUUUACAUAUAUCUGCUUAUUCAGCCGACAGCAGUUUGGCUCCACCCAUUCAUGUUGAGGUUAUAAGGAGUGUUUCAGCCCAGACUACUUUUUGAAUGAGGGGAGCCAUGAAACUACACAGAUUUUAUAAGUGGACUGUAGAGAAAAAAAAUAGUAUACAAGACAAAUGUCAGAUGUAGGCCUUUAAAGGGCCAAGUGGCAAGAAGUGUAUUUUCAAAGAUUUGUUGAGAGUGUUCUCUGUAGUUCAGACAUCUAAUUUUGGCCAUUCUGUUUUUCAGCUGAUGGAAAUAAAAAUGUUGCAAACACUUGAAUAAUCACUGUUCCUAUCACAUUGUUUUGCACUGGCUCUUUUCAUGCUAUGUCAUUUUUUCAUGUUAAUUUUCAUGUAUUUGUUAUGUUAACAAACUUUAUUUUUGUUGGUUUUAUUUUUUUAUAUCUUUGUGCUUUUUACUGAGCAUUAUAAAUAAAAGCGUUAGAUAGAAAAAUA